AUGAAAUUAUUUUCGAGUUUUUUGGCACUUUCAAUUGCAGAGAAUACAAGGCGGCCGAAUGUGAUCUUGCUGAACUGCGAUGACUUCGGAAUCGGCGACUUUCAAGUCUACAACAAAGAUGGAAAAGUGCCCACGCCUAAUAUCGACAGAAUCGGAAACGAAGGAGUGAAAUUUCUUGACGGUCACUCAGGCUCUAGCCGUUGUUCGCCAAGUAGGUACAUGCUCAUGACUGGUCGAUACUCGAUGGAAGAUUCACCUUCACGGAAAAUCGGCUUAGGAGAGCCACAGCUCGGCGAAAUGUUCAAAAAUCUGGCUACAAGACGGAAUCUCAAUGCGACACUCGAGGAUGAAAGAGAAACAAGACGACUUGACAAAGAGUUCAUGGAACAGAUGAAGGAAUACGGGGAAAGUUGGGGAAACUUCCGUCCUGCGAACGACUUGCCGGGUACCUACAUACAAAGUAUCAGUCCUCUUGAUCACAGCUACGAUUAUUCCUUCACGCAAAGUUCUGUUUGUUGUCAACCAGGCGGAUUCUACGAAAACGGAAAAGGAAUCGAACCAGUCGACACCUGGAUCCUCCAGCAGCCAUACCCAGAGGAAAACACAAAGAAAACAAAUUACGAUGCAAACACGGGCAAGUGCAAUGAGUUCCCUGUGAGCGGAUACAUGGGUGACAUCCGUCAAACCGACAAAUUCGAAGGAGAAUUCGGCGAACUUCCACUUUUUCACUGCAACUUUCCUGGUCAGCAGCUCGCGAUGAAAUCGUAUGACACUCGACUUUUCGACGAGCUGGUGAUUCCAAAAGUGGAGCAGUUCAUUGAUGAGAGCCACGAGCAAGAAUUUUUCAUCUACUACGGAAUGCGAUCUGGACACAAACCAUUCAACACGCCGAUUAGAUUUAGAAACCAGACAGAGGCAGGAAUGCUCGGAGAAAUGAUCAUGGAGGCUGACGAAAUCGUUGGACGAAUUUUCGACAGAUUGGAAACUUACGAUAUCGCUGACGAUACACUUGUUGUCUUCAUGUCUGACAAUGGAGCCGACGGAACUGCGAGGAAAAUCUUGGAAAAAUAUGGCCACUCUCAGCAUCGUCUCGACCUGCCGGAUCGAACAAUUGAACUUUCAGGUGCAAAGAACUGGAAUGGAGAAGCUGGUCACAGAACUCCAUUCCUAUGGCGCUACCCCAGACGUUUUGCGCCGAGUACCAUUUACGACCCGAAGGUUGCUGUCUCAUACGUUGAUGUCUACGCCACUCUCGCAGAUCUGAUCGGAUAUGAUUUAGACUGUAACGAAGCCCCUGACAGCAGAAGUCUUGUCCACUACAUGGAAACUGGACAAGCAAACGAGCAACUUAUUCAUACUCCAGUCUUGACUCACGCAAAGAACGGACCAGUGGUUUCCCUUCGCAAGAAAGAGUUCAAAUACGUUCCAGAAUCCAAAGAAUUGUAUAAUAUGGAGAGAGACCCAGAAGAGAAGGAUAAUUUAUAUAGCAAAGGGGGCCGUGAAAAUCUCAUCGAGUAUUUGGAUGGUUAUUUAAAUCACUAUCUUGGGCACAUUGAGAAACGAGAAGCCGCAACCGCGAAGGGUAAAGUAAAAGAUAGCUGUUAUCCGACAUUCGAACGUUUCCAUCAAUUCAAUUUCUGA